AUGCCUCAUAAUAUUCAAAUUCGUUUUCCUUUCUUUCUUUAUUUCUUUCUUCAUUUAGUAAUAUUCAGAAAAUUUACUUUCUUUCUUUCUUUCUUUCUUUCUGUCUGUCUUCAAAUCGCAAUAUUCACGUUCUUUUCUUUCUUUCUUUCUACACCUCGUUAUAUUUCUUUCUUUCUUUCUUUCUUUCUUUCUUUCUUUCUUUCUUUCUUUCUUUCUUUCUACACCUCUAAUAUUCAGAAAAUUUACUUUCUUUCUUUCUUUCUUUCUUUCUUUCUAGACCUCGUUAUAUUUCUUUCUUUCUUUCUUUCUAGACCUCGUUAUAUUUCUUUCUUUCUUUCUUUCUUUCUUUCUUUCUUUCUUUCUUUCUUUCUUUCUUUCUUUCUACACCUCAAAAUUUACUUUCUUUCUUUCUUUCUUUCUUUCUUUCUUUCUUUCUUUCUUUCUUUCUUUCUGUCUGUCUGUCUUUCAAUGCCUCAUAAUAUUCAAAUUCGUUUGCCUUUCUUUCUUUAUGUCCUUCUUCAUUUCGUAAUAUUCAAAUCCUUUCUUUCUUUCUUUCUUUCUUUCUUUCUUUCUUUCUUUAUCUCAGCUUUUAUCUUUCUUUCUUUUUCAUCACUCUAUCACAUAUCCGUUACUUCUUCCUGUCUUCAACAUGUCAUAUGCAAAUUUCUUUCUUUUUUUUUCAUUUAUUGCGUAAGAAUUUUUUUGUCUUCCUUCACUAUUUUAUUUUCAGUUUCUUUCUUUCCUCCUUUCCUUUCAAUUCGCAAUACUCUCAUUCAUUGCACCGCCCACUCCAACUUCUUCAGUUCCUUUGUUAGUUUUCUUUUGGUGAGCGUUCUUUCUUUCCUUUUGCGUUUUUGCCUGGGGCCCUGUCAAUUAUUCCCUGCGUGGAAGUUUAACUGCAAGAAGUUUUACACGCAUAUUUCUAAACUUUCUUUCUUUCUUUCUUUCUUUCUUUCUUUUCUUUUCUUUUCUUUUCAUUCUUUCUUUUUGAUUUUUUUAUUUUGGUUCAAUGAACAAACGUCAUUUCUUUCUUUUUAUCGUAUUUUCUCAUGUUCCUUCCUUUUUUUAUUUCUAACUAUCUACAGAUCAGGCUCUCUCUAUAAAAUAUCUUUUAUCUAUCUUAUCUUAUCUAUUCAUUCAUUCAUCUUUCUAUCUAUUUAUCUAAUUUUCUCAGACUUUAAUAUCGUUUUUUUUAUCUAUCUAUUUUCACAAUCUUAUUAUCUCAAACUUAUCUAUUUCAUAUCUUUCUAUCUAUUUCAUCUAUCUAUCUAUCUUUUGUUUUUACUGUUCAUAUCAUCUAUCUAUUUAUCUAUCUAUCUAUCUAUCUAUAAUCUAUCUUACUGUUCAUUUCUAUCUAUCUAUCUAUCUAUCUAUCUAUUAAUAUCCAGACUGUUCAUAUUAUCUUUCUCUAUCUAUCUAUCUAUCUAUCUAUCUAUCUAA